AUGAGUGCGUCGGGCUUCCCCAACACCCCAAACCAGCACCAACAAGCCCAUCACCACCAUCACAACAAGCUCAAUUACUACCACCACCACCACUACUACUACUACAAAACCACCUUCCCUCCUCACCCCCGCAUCUCCAUCAACACAAAGAUGGAAAACUUCACCAUCAACCUCUCCGACCUCCACGUCCCCUCCCUCGCGGAGUUCCCGCACCUGCCGCCGGCUGACGACUCCCCGGCGCAGAAGCGCCUCUACUGGUUCUUCCGCGGCCUCGAGGAGAUGGCGAGCAAGCUGUACGAGCGCAUCGAGAUGUACCAGCAUCUGGAGGAGACGCUGGAUGAGGAGGAGGAGGCGGAGCUCGAGGAGCUGCAGAAGGGGGUUCUGGUGGUGUUGGCUGCGGUUAAUUGGGCGGGCAGGCUGUAUGGGGGGGAGGGGUAUGAGGAGGCGGUUUGA